CAGCUCCUCAAUAAGUACCCCCACCUUCUUCAUGCUUUCCAUUCGGCCCAAAAUCAACACACCCACUAUUUCUCUCUCUUUUCUUUAUCUCUUCCUUUUUCUCUAAAGAAGAAAACAAUGGCUGUUGCUACAUCUUCUUUGAUGAGUGUGCUCUGUUUUGCUUCAUUGCUGUCCCUUUUUGCUAUUGUGAAUGCAAGGAUCCCUGGUGUUUACUCUGCUAGCUCUUGGCAAACUGCCCAUGCUACUUUUUAUGGUGGCAGUGAUGCUUCUGGAACAAUGGGAGGUGCAUGUGGGUAUGGGAAUCUCUACAGCCAAGGCUAUGGCGUGAACACAGCAGCUUUAAGCACAGCACUUUUCAACAAUGGCCUUAGCUGCGGUGCUUGCUUUGAGAUUAAGUGUGCAAAUGACCCAAGGUGGUGUCACUCUGGAAGCCCUUCCAUUUUUGUCACGGCCACUAACUUUUGCCCUCCUAACUACGCUCUCCCAAGUGACAAUGGCGGCUGGUGCAACCCUCCACGCCCUCACUUUGACCUUGCAAUGCCUAUGUUUCUCAAGAUCGCCGAGUACCGUGCUGGUAUUGUCCCUGUCUCCUUCCGUAGAGUACCGUGCCGAAAGCGAGGGGGAAUCAGAUUCACCGUUAACGGAUUCCGUUACUUCAACUUGGUUUUGGUCACCAACGUCGCGGGUGCAGGGGAUAUCGUGAAGGUGAGCGUCAAAGGAACCAAAACUGGUUGGUUGAGCAUGAGCCGUAACUGGGGUCAAAACUGGCAGUCAAACGCCGCUUUGGUAGGCCAGGCACUCUCGUUUAGAGUCACGGGCAGUGACAAGCGAACCUCCACUUCGUGGAACGUGGCACCAUCUAAUUGGCAGUUCGGCCAAACUUUUACGGGAAAGAAUUUCCGCGUUUGAAAAACAUGCGGUCCCAGUUUCCCCUAAUUUUUCCUUUUAAACUUUUUUUUUUGUUUCCCGCCCCUCAAUUUUCCUUUAUUUUCUCGGAAAGUUUGAAGUGAUCGGUGGGUGGGUAAAAGUAAAAAAUUGAGCUGGUGGUAACAGUUAAAAAAAAAAAAAAUCAGCAAAUGCUUGGUUAAAAAGUUGCAAGGGGGGGGCUGAAGCGGCUGCAAAUCAAAGAAAGCUUGUAGCCCGCAGCUCUUGGUCUACAGUAAUCUCCAUUUUUACUGCUGUAAUAAACUACUUUCUACUAUAUAAAAUUUAUU